GCGUUCUUGGCGCCUCUGGUGCGCUGCCUGGGGACAGAGCGAGCGACGGCGACGCACUGCUGACAUCCCGCGUUUAGAUGGCUCUAAAAUUUGGGGUGCAAAACAGGUGUCAGGGAAGUGUCGUCACGAACCCCGGAAGCCGGAGGAGGUGGGAACAUCAGAGGGAAAGAUGGCAGCGAAAUCCGAUGGUCGCGGGGUCGUCACCGGUUUCGCCCAGUUGCACAACCUGGACGAGGUGGUGGGGACGGGAGAGGACGACACGCGCGACGGCAGCUCGUUCCACAUCUGCCACUGCUGCAACACCUCGUCGUGCUACUGGGGCUGCCGGAGCGCCUGUCUGCAUUACCUCCGGGGGAAGGGGAAGGAGAAGGAGGAGAGAGACACGGUGCGGCCACCGCAGGAGGAGCGCCUCUGGCUGGACUGCCUGUGGAUCAUCCUGGCGCUGUUUGUCUUCUUCUGGGACGUGGGGACUGAUUUGUGGCUGGCCGCCGAUUAUUACCGCAAGCAGGACUUCCUGUGGUCGGGCCUGACCCUGUUCUUUGUGCUGGUGCCCUCGGUGCUGGUCCAGAUCCUGAGCUUCAGGUGGUUUGUGCAGGAUUUCACAGAGGGCGGACUGGGCUCCGUGGAGGGGCUGAGCAGCCGGAGAGCUGCGGUCAGCCUGCAGAGAGACAGGUGCUGCCGCUUGUCUGUGUGGCUCUGGCAGAGCGUCAUCCACGUCUGUCAGAUGGGACAAGUGUGGAGGUACAUCCGCACCAUGUACCUUGGCAUACAAAGCCACCGGCAGAAGGAGAACCAGCGGCGGUUUUACUGGGCUAUGAUGUACGAGUAUGCCGACGUCAACAUGCUGCGACUGCUGGAGACCUUCUUAGAAAGCGCCCCUCAGCUGGUGCUGCAGCUCUGCAUCAUGAUCCAGAGCAACAAGGCUGAGUGGCUGCAGUGUGUUUCUGCCCUGUCCUCCCUCAUGUCCCUGGCUUGGGUGCUAGCAUCAUACCAUAAACUCCUCCGCGACUCGCGCGACGACAAGAAGAGCAUGAGUUACCGAGGUGCUCUGGUGCAUCUCUUCUGGCGCCUUUUUACCAUCUCUUCACGGGUGCUCUCCUUCGCCCUGUUUGCCUCUGUUUUCCACAUCUAUUUUGGCAUUUUUGUGGUGCUCCACUGGUGCGCCAUGGCUUUCUGGAUCAUCCAUGGCGGCACUGACUUCUGCAUGUCCAAAUGGGAAGAGGUACUUUUCAACAUGGUGGUUGGCGUGGUGUAUGUCUUCUGUUGGUUUAACGUACGUGAGGGACGGACGCGGUACAGAAUGGUGGCCUAUUACAUAGUAGUGCUGUUAGAAAACGCCAUCCUCAGCUGUCUUUGGUAUGUGUACCGUGACCCAGCCACCACCGACACCUAUGCCUCUUUUGCCAUCUGCGGCGUCUUUCUGUGCUUUGCCUCAGGUGUGGCCUGUAUGAUUCUCUACUAUGGGGUCCUACACCCUAUGGGCCCUCGGUUGAGGGUGCUGGCCAGCUCCUGCUGCGCCGAGCUGCUCUGGGGCCUUCCGCUACCACCCGAGGCUGAGCCUAUGGCUCCCACACCAGGCCCCCGCGGUUCCCAGGCUACGCCCACAAGAGGUCUCGCAGGGGAGUACGUCGAGUCCGACGAAACAGCCACGGAUACCUGCCUUCCAGUUUUCCAGGUGAGGGCCACGGAACCAGUGGACGCUGCCGGCAGGCCCAUUCGACCUGAAGGUCCUCUCAUCAAAAUAGACAUGCCCAGAAAACGCUACCCAGCCUGGGAUGCACACUUUGUGGACCGACGCCUACGCAGGACCAUAAACGUGCUGCAGUACAUUAGCCCUAAUGCGGUGGGCAUCAGGUAUAGGGACGGCCCUCUUCUUUAUGAACUCCUGCAGUACGAAUCCUCCCUCUGAAGGUGUCUCUCCAUCACUCUGCUCUUCCUCUUCCCACCUCUACGAUCAGUCAGUUUUCCCACGGGAGACUGGUGAAAAUCUGUCAAGACACUCUUAAAAAAACACAGUCAUUAUUUAUUUUUGAAGGGAAAAAGCAUACAGCACACCAAGGAAAAAUUAUGAACCUACAGUAUCUUAUGUGAUAUAUCUAGAAGUCUCAUAUUAAUCCCUCCACGUGGAGGGUUCGGUAUGAGUAUGUAGAUAACAUGUGAAUGUUUCAUUAUGAAAUGUGUUUAAUGCAUUAUACUGUAUUGGUGACUCAACCUGUGAAUACCUGUGAAGGGCAUAUUGGACGUCCCUGGAAAAUGGGGCAGGAGCAAAGCCUGAUGGGAAUGAUGGAGGAGAGUCUUUGCACAUGCCAACAUUUACUGCCAUCCUUUACAUAAAUUGCUCAAAAGCACAUAGAUGUUUCCCAAAUCCUAACAGCCCAGUAGUUUUAAAAAGCACCGACAUGUCUGUAAAUAGUCCAAGGACAGUCGCUCAAAAACAGCCAAAUAAUGGAAAUUAUGCAGAACAAGCUGAAAUUUUCAGGAUAGGUCCAGAAAAAAUGUGUAGAAUCACAUGGUAAAUGU